AUGGAGAGACCAAAAAUACUGCACGAACAAGUAAUUACUCAUCAUGAAUUGGUCAAUCAAUAUGGAGGAGUUCAUCCAACUGAAAUGGCUCAUAUGCACAGAGCCACACUCGAUGGGAUGAUUGAAAAUGCAUUGGAAAAGGUUUCAAAUUUGGAUUCUAAUAGAGAAAGAGUUGUGGAUUAUGUAGCUGUAACUGUUGGACCUGGUUUACCUCCUUGUUUAUCUGCUGGAUUGGAUACUGCAAUGAAAUAUUGUGAGAAACUGAAUGUUCCUGUUAUACCAGUUCAUCACUUGGAAGCUCAUUUAUUGGUUCCACUAAUGUUUUCUGAAAAUACUAAUUUCCCUUAUUUAGUGUUACUGGCUAGUGGUGGACAUUGUUUGGUAGUUUUCAGUAGAGGAAUUGGACAAUAUGAAAUAGUGGGAGGAACUGAGGAUGAUUCGAUAGGAGAAGCAUUUGAUAAAACAGCUAGAUUGUUACAGGAAAGUAUUGACUUUAAUUUGAAUGAUUAUGUCAAUGAAAAGUUUGGAACACGAGAGAAUUAUAGUGGAGGAGCAUUGGUUGAGAAAUUGGCAUUGUUGGGAGAUUCGUCUAGUUAUAAUUUUCCAAUUCCAUUGAGAAAGGGAAACAGAAGAAAUGAUAUUACAUUCUCAUUUAGUGGAAUCAAGACUGAUGUUUUGAGAACUGUAAGAAAGGAGCAGAAUCAAGGAAUUUCAAAGAGAGAUCUUCAUCAUUUAUUGAAUAGAUUGAGAAAUAAUGGAUCAGUGAAAAAUGUACAAGAUAUUAAUGCUAAUUUACAAGCAUCGACAGAUCCUUACUCGCGAGAGGGUAGUCAAUCAUUGUCUACCAUUGAACUUAAGAAUGAAAAACUAUCUGAGGAGGUAGUUUGCAACAUUUCGGCAAGUUUCCAAAAGUGUGCUUUUACUCAUCUGAUUGAUAAGCUAGAGAUGGCAAUGCACCGAUAUAGAGCUAACGUGGAUGAAUAUCCAAACAGUUUGAUUGUCUCUGGGGGUGUUUCUGCCAAUCAAUAUUUUAGACAUGAGCUGACCAAACUAUCUGACAAGUAUGAAUAUGAUCUCAAAGUUGCUCCAAUGAAAUAUUGCACUGAUAAUGCAGUCAUGAUUGGUUAUGCAGCAUUCCAAAGGUUAUUCAAUGAAUGUCACAAACCAGUAGAAGUUUGUGAUAAGGAAAGGUACAUUCCAAGAUGGCCAAUCACCACACUUUCAGACUUUUACACUUACAAUAAAUAA